GUGGUGAAGGUGCGGCCCAACGACAAGGACGCCAAGCUCAAGUACCAGGAGUGCCACCGGAUCGUCAAGCAGAAGGCCUUCGAGCGGGCCAUCGCCAGCGACGAGCACAAGCGCUCCGUCGUCGACACCCUCGACAUUCCUUCCGCAGCCAUCGAGGACGAGUACAGCGGCCCCAAGCUGGACGGCGGCAAGGUGACGUUGGCCUUCAUGAAGGACCUGAUGCAGUGGUACAAGGAGCAGAAGAAACUCCACAGAAAAUGUGCCUACCAGAUCCUGGUGCAGGUGAAGGAGGUGCUGGCCAAGCUCCCCACGUUGGUGGAAACGACGCUGAAGGAGAUAUUCAACGGGGACUUCGUGGACCGCGGGUCCUUCUCGGUCGAGGUCAUCCUCACGCUCUUCGGCUUCAAGCUCCUCUACCCCGAUCACUUCCACCUGCUCCGAGGCCUGGGCGAGGGAGGCAGAACAGCAGAAAGGGUGCCAAAGAUCAUUAGAUGCAUCCGCGAAAAUCUGGAACGCAUCAACACGGAGUCAGCCCGCCAAAGCGUGGAGUCACUGCUUCUCCUGCUCACCAACCGGAAGCCCAUCACAGUGCUCACUAGCCUCCUGCAGGUGACGGCCCCCAGUGAGCUGCACGUGGAGGAUGUUGAUGACGAGUCCCAGGUUGAGAGCAAUGAGAGACAUCCAAGCCUGGUGACCCCCUCUCUAUUCCUUGGAGUCCUCGUCAAACAGUCAGAGAGACGUAACACG